AUGGGCCUCCUCUCCUGCAUAGGCCUUCGUCGCCGGAAUCAAUGGGAGCCCAUGACUCUCCUCGACAAUCUCAUCUCAUCACCCUUAACAUAUCUCGCUUUCCUCUUCUACCACGCUGUACUCCUCCUCCGCGGUCGGCCCUUUCACCCACCGCGUGACAAGCCCGCCAUUCGCGUCGUCUGCAUCUCCGACACACACGAUCUCAAAGUCGACAUUCCCAGCGGUGACAUUCUCAUUCAUGCGGGAGACCUUACAGAUUCUGGUACCGUAGCAGAUAUUCAGAAACAGCUCGACUGGCUUCGUGAACAACCUCACCCUGUCAAGGUUGUCGUUGCAGGUAACCACGAUAGUUGGUUUGACAUCAAAAGUCGUCAUGAGGAAGAUGCACGCUCAGGUGCUAAGCCUAACAUGGAGGGCCUUCAUUAUCUUGAGAGCGGCUUGACGGUGCAAAAGAUAAAGGGUCGAACUGUCAAUAUCUUUGGUGUUCCGGAUAUUCCAAGCAUUGGUCCCAAGGAGUUUGCCUUCCAAUAUACUCAAGAUAACCACCCUUGGUUGAGCAAGGUACCUCCGCAAACUGAUAUUCUUAUCACCCAUUGCCCUCCGAAACAUCAUCUUGAUCUUGGUCUCGGGGACAGUAAUCUCCUCCGUGAAGUUUGGCGCGUAAAGCCCCGUCUCCACGUCUUCGGCCACGUCCACUUUGGCUACGGUGAAGAAUCAGCCUUCUUCGAUGCCUUCCAGGAGACUUACGAACGUAUCAUGUCACGGCCUCGUCGCGGUCUGAUCCGAGACUUCAUCCCUAACGAGGCUUGGUUGGAUUAUCUGCGUUUUCUAGCCCAAGGUCUUCAUACCGUGGCUUGGAAGUGGCUAAUGUCAGGUCCUGGAAGUAACAAUGGUAGUCUCAUGGUAAAUGCUGCGCAGAUGAAAGGCAACUCGGGCAAAGUCAAGAGUAGGGCGAUUGUUGUUGAAAUUUGA